AGCAGCAGCAGCAUGAAGUACUUGGGCGCACUCGCGACAAUGGCCUCGCUGGCCGCGGCAGGGGUUUCCUGCGAGCUCCCGCUGGAUGCGGUCCACAACCCGGACGGCCGGCACCAUCUCGGCGACGGCCAGCUCAAGUACGUCUUUGGCUUGCCGCAGGACGAUGGCGCCAUCUACCAGGUCUGCGCCGACGGCGUCAUUACGUGCUACGAAGAAGACGGGACGGCCGAUAGCGAUGUCGAUGCGAUCGUCGACUGCCGCAAGGCCGAGGCGAAGCGGCGUCUCGGGUUGGCCACGGACCGGAAGCGGCGGCUCUGGCCGCUGGCCACGCUCUGCUACAAGCUCGACGCGCCGUUUGACGACGUCGAGCGCCGCACCAUUCAGCGUGCGAUGCACGAGAUCGUGGAGUCGACUGGCGUGACCAUGCUGGACGUCGCAAACUGCAAGCACCACGACGCGAUCUGCGGCGGCUGCGCGCACUACGUGUCGAUUGCCCAAGAAAGAAACAAGCGCGGGACGUACGCCGAGCUCGGGUACCGGCACAAAGCGGGGCAAAAGCUUAACUUGCUUCCAUCGGCGUUCGAGCACGGAAUGGGCUCGGUCAUGCACGAGAUGCUGCAUGCGUUUGGCGUCAUCCACGAGCACGCGCACCCGGCGUCCGAGGCGAUCGUGCUUCGUGGCCAGUUCCUUGGCGCAUCGCGCAGCAACUACAUGCCGAUCAAGGAGGCGUUCGUGACGCAAUAUGACAUUCACUCGAUCAUGCACUACGGCGUCGGUCUCUGUUUACCGACCGAUAAGAGCAUCAAGUUUUGCGCGAUCGACCAAAACGAAGACGACGGGUGCGUCGUGCCCGAAAAACAUCACUGCGAUCCAGCAACCUCCAAGGUCCUCGGGCAGCGCGAUGGCCUCAGCAGCGGCGAUAUUCGCAACCUCCAGAUUCUGUACGGCCUCGAAACCACCGUGACGCGCCACGAAGUCGCUGUGCAGCAAACCGUGCACAAGCGCAUCCACGCCCACGGACGCCACGCCGAUUACUAG